ACAAGGUUGAGCCAAGCUUUGAGAACAACAGCUAACAUCUUAUACAACGCAGUAAUAAUUGAAGUUCAACCCUCUCGUGUCUAUUUGACUGUACUUGUCCUUGAUGGGAGACAGAAAAGCUAAAAUAUAGAUUAUUUACGAAACAAUUUCUGGGUUUUGGUGACGACUUGGCCUCAUCCUUAUCUCAUUGGCUCUCUCCUCACCUUAAGUCUUUUCCCGCGCUACUAAGACAACACACCGAACUGUCAGUCUGUAGCGGUAGCAAGCUAGCCUCUUGCUGACAAUUUAACGUAUUUUUAUAACGGUACCGGAGCUGUUACUAUAUUGUCAGGUAAUGCCGUCCUCGGAUUAUGACUCGGCCUGUCUGCCGGACAUAUUACCGCUGUACUACCGACGGCUGUUCCCCUUCUCACAGUAUUAUCGCUGGCUGAACUAUGGAGGAGUGCAGAAGAACUACUUCCAGAACCGAGAGUUCUCCUUCACACUCAAAGAUGACAUCUACGUCCGCUACCAGUCGUUCAGCACGCAGACUGAGCUGGAGAAGGAAAUGCAGAAGAUGAACCCUUACAAGAUUGACAUUGGAGCCAUAUACAGUCACAGGCCCAAUCAACACAACACAGUGAAGUCAGGAACCUUCCAGGCCCUGGAGAAGGAGCUGGUGUUUGAUAUCGAUAUGACAGAUUAUGACGAUGUCAGAAGCUGUUGCAGUGCUGCAGACAUUUGCUGCAAGUGCUGGACCCUGAUGACCAUCGCCAUUCACAUCCUGGAUAGAGCUCUUCGAGAGGACUUUGGUUUCCAGCACCUGCUGUGGGUUUAUUCUGGCAGAAGAGGAGUGCAUUGCUGGGUGUGUGAUGAAGCUGCCAGGAAGCUCUCUGUUGCCGCACGCUCUGCAGUUGCAGAAUACCUCAGCCUGGUUAAGGGAGGUGACGAGAUGAUGAAGAAAGUUGUGCUCACAGAUCCAAUUCAUCCUUUAUCAGUCUGUAUCUGUGAUUUCAACAGAGAGUCUUUGGCGGUGGUGGAGCAAUACUUCUCCCGGUACGCACUACAAGACCAGGAUAUACUGGGCCGCAAGGAAUCUGUAGACAAAGUGUUGGCACUCACGCCUGAAGAUGUAAGAAAAGAAUUACAGGAGGACUUCCUAUAUGAGAAGAAACCCGAGAACCGUUGGAAAUUGGUGAAGGAGCAAGCCAGAAGGAGACGGGGCACUUCCAAAAAGGGCCAAUACUUUGAGGAAGAAAUCAUGCUGCAGUAUUGUUACCCACGGCUCGAUGUGAACGUCAGUAAAGGGGUGAACCAUUUGCUGAAGAGCCCCUUCAGUGUCCAUCCCAAAACAGGGCGCAUUUCUGUUCCCAUGGACCUCAAAGAGUUGGAAACGUUUGAUCCUUUUGCCGUGCCCACAAUCAAUCUGAUCUGUGAGGAGCUGGACCGACCCAGGACAGGCGAAGAGGAAGAGAAGACAGAGGACACCAAAGAGAAGGAAAGCGAGCAGGACGCAGCAGAGAGUCGAAAGAUCAGAGAUUACAAGAGAACAAGCCUGGCCAAGUAUGUGAAAUACUUUGACCAGUUCCUGGAUGGGAUGGCUCGCUCGUGGAAAGGAGAACUUCUCAAAAAAAGUGAUCUUCAGAAAGACUUCUGAACUGGACAUCAAUCAGAAAGUGAUACAGAGUACUGAAGAAUUGUUAAGGCUUCAAUUCACAUUUAUGAGAUUCAGUAAUAAUACAUUCAUAAACAAAACAUAAAUAGAUCAUCUCCUUACUGCAGGAUUGUUCUACUACAAUACACAUUUUAUGGUGUUUGUCUGCUCUUUGCCUACAUUUUUCUACUGUACAGUCAUUUGUGAAAAUAAAUUUGGUAUUUCAAGUUUUUCAAAA